UGUAUUUUGCGAAUUUCUAGUUAUAAAAGUAAAUAUUCUCAAGAAGCUGAUAAUUGUUAUUACAACGAAUUUCAAAAAGCUUAUUAUAAUUUAGAGCAGAAUAAUAUAAUUAGUUCAAAUUCCAAUACACAAAUAUUAACAAAAUUAGCACAAAAAACAUAUUCCUCCCUUGAUAAUUCUAUUAAUUAUUGGUCAGAUUUUUUACAUACCAAACUAUGCUCCAAGUCAAUAAUUCCUACAACUAAUUUCAGAAAUGAAAAAUCAGAAUUUUUAGAUAAGAUAGAUGAAGGCUUACAUCAUUUUAUGGAAACUUCUGAUUAUUUACAAGGAUUUAAUUUUCUCCUUGAUUCAAGCUCAUCUCAUCUUUCAUUACAGAUCCAUAUGCUCCAUUAUCUUAAAGAUGAAUAUCCUAACAAAUCAAUAUUUGUUUACAUGUCAUUUCCAGAUUACCUUUAUGACGACCAAUUGGAUCUUGAUUUAAAAAACGGGGUAAAGCAAACUUUUUACAGAGAGCUAAUAAACUCGGCUUCCUUGCUAAAUCAUUUGUAUAACGAUAAUGACAGUAUCGAGUGCUUAUUUCCUUUAUCUCUUAUAGAAAAUCCCUUUGAUUUAAAUAAGUCAAAUCACAAAUCAUGGUUACCCACAGCUCUCAUUGAUUUCUCAAAAGCUAAAUCUCUUUACGAAAGAAGUGCUUUAAUUUCCACAGCAUUCGCAUCGACAACGUUACCAUAUAGAAAUUUUGCGAACGCCUAUUAUAGAAUGCAUCAUUUGAGCAAUUUUCUUAGCAAUCAAAAUUCUUUUCGCCGCAUUAAAAUGCAAAAGAUAUCCUGCAAAUACUUUUUCUCCGAUCACGAUACACAAGAUAACGUAUUUACCUUAACACCAUAUUCCAAUUAUGAUGUUAAUAAAAUUAAUGAAUCUCCCAUUAAUGCCUUUAAUGUAACCAGGGGCUUUCAAAGUGCUGUUCGUAAAUUGGAAGAUAUCAGGCAACCUACUAUUAAAAAAGAAGAUGCCUUCGAGAAGAUAGUAAAUUGGGAAAAUUUAAACAUGGUAAAUGGCCUUCAACUUUCGCCCGCAUUCCCUUGGAUUUUUAAUCAGCCAUCAUUAAAAUCCGAUGAUCCUUUCAGAUCACUCAACACUUAUCAUUCGAUGGAAUCUGAUCCUCAAUUACAGAUUAACUUCUUCAAUCAAUUGUUAAAGCAAAUUGAAUGCCACUACCGCAGUUCUUCUGGGGCUUUCACAGGCUUAGAGGAAAAAGAUGAGAAAAAUGAAAUUAUCGAAUUUUUGAAUGAUUACGCAGCAUAAUUUUAAUAAGUUUAUAAGUAUUCUAUUCAUUUUGAGUUAAUCAUUUUGUUAUUCAAAAAGUCAGCUGUACAAUAAAUGGACUUAAUUUUAUCGUUAGACGAUUUUAUUUUAGAUGUUU